GUCCUCAUACCAUCUCGUUACAUCGACUUUGCUGCACCAUGAAAACAUCGUUCACACUAGACUCAAAGAUUACGUUACGCAACAAUGAAGAGAUCCCCGUCCUAGGAUUUGGAACAUACGAGCUGGACGGAGAUGACGCUUAUAAAGCUGUUAUGUGGGCCCUGGAGGCCGGAUAUCGCCACGUUGAUUCUGCCGAAUGGUAUGAGAAUGAGCGCCAGUGCGGAAGAGCUAUUCUCGACUUCUGCAAGCAGGCCAACGUUACGCGUUCUGAUAUAUUCUAUACAACCAAGCUCAAAUACAAUAACGGAUAUGAUGCCGUCAAGCAGUCUAUCGAAAAGUCUCUGGAACUGUGUGGGCUAGGCUAUAUCGAUCUCUACCUGAUCCACGGUCCGAUUGGAGGCCCCAAAGCGCGUCUUGAUAGCUGGCGCGCUAUUUGUGAUUAUCAUAAACUUGGAAAAUUGAAGAGCAUCGGCAUCAGUACCUAUGGUGUCCGACACAUGGAGGAACUAAUAGAGUCGGGCCUUCCGCUUCCCGUCGUUCACCAGAUCGACUUACAUCCGUUUCAAACCCGCAACGAUAUCGUUGCUCUCAGUAGAAAACAUGGGAUCACUCUGGAGGCUUGGGCACCGUUAGUCCGUGGCCUCCGGUUCGACCAUCCUGCUAUUUCAAUAUUGUCAUCGAAAUACGGAAAGCAGCCCGCACAAAUAUUAUUGAGAUAUUCGCUCCAAAAGGGCUAUGUUGCAAUACCAAAGUCAACGUCCAAGAAUCGUAUCAUUUCAAACACAAACAUUUUUGAUUUUGAGCUGGAAGAUCGGGAAGUCAAUGAGCUCGACGGUUUGGACGAAGGGCUUCUUACCGACUGGGAUCCAACUAACGACCCAUAAUGUCGGAAUUGUUCUCCGGUCGCCUCAAGUACUCCAAACAACCUCUUACGAUGUCCAAACCUUGUGUUCCGGUACAGCAUUGAAUGAACGGUACCUGCGCAACGCGCAUCCCACACAAUCAUGAUGUCACGAGGAAAAAAAGACAUGUAACGCAAAAGACAGAUCUUGAUCGAAUCGAUUUAUAAUACGCAAACAUUCUGCGGUCAAUCGCGAUACUGCCACCAAAAACUUCGCUUUGGAUACUUUUUACCAAUUACGGAACACAAGAAUCAAUAAUACUUGUGGCUCCAAGCUCAAUCUCUCGUGACAUUUCGCUUCGGCGAAAAACAUUUGGUUAUACAGUGCUUUGGUCCCUCAGCGAGCUCACGGACUCUCGUUUCUAGGAUGUUGCAUAUUAGCUAGUCGUAAGGCGACAAAAUCCGAGUUACUGUUGUUGUCGGGUUGGGGCCAAGAUUCUGACCACUCAAUCGCCCGACCGAGCAUCGAGGACAUGGUUUUUGAUUGAGUGUAAGCCUCUCGACGGGAGAAAUUUACAACUUUCGAUGUGCAGGUUGCAAACGACGCCGUUUCGGCAGCCCAACUUACUCGACGACCUCGACGGACUCCCAUUACGGAGCCGGAAGAUUUUUCAGGCUACCACAGAGACAUUACUUGUGCUGAGGUCCCGACCUACCUCCCCUAUAUGACACCAGUGCCGCAAUGGAGGUAGUUGCCCUCGGUAUCCUGACACCCGAAGCCAGUGUUUGUUGAUACCAGGCUCUGAGGCGACGCCCUCCUCUUUUGCAGGUUGCAUCGUGACAGCAUUAGGACGUUUUUGCCAUCAUCCCAGUGCACCCAAUUUGCGAGCAUAUGCAAAGCGGCACCAGGAAACCACAACGUCACCACUGGCACAUGAGAGGAAUUCGAACUCAAACGAUCACAUUUCCACUUCCUUUCGUUGGUGUGCAAACGCGGUCUUUACCCUGUAGUCGAAAUCAUUUCUUCGCGAUUUAUUCCCAAGUACCAAGGAUCAAGGUGGAGUCCCUCGUCGACACGGGUUGGGGUCCAAGAGAAUAUGCUCUCCCCGGCCCCGGUGUAUCGUAGGUGGUCGCGGUAUAUUAUGGCACAGGCCUCCCAAUACCCCAUGCAAAAGGACGGGCCGAAACUGGUUCAUGCAGAUUCCUGAUGAUCGAUAGCAAGUACUCCGACCUCCUUGGACGUUCGGC